GCGCUUGGCCUGAUGCAUUGUGGGAUUGCAACAUUAGGACGGAAAGUGUUUGGGUAGGGUAUCAUGCAAAGAGAAUGAUCACUGUUUAAACGUAAACAAAUAAUUUAGGUAUCGUAUCGAUUUCUAUUGCUCUUAAAGAUAAUUUUCAAGGUGAUGUGACCAGCCUUUUCUUUAUCUUAUCACCGCUCCAAAAGAGGUAAAACAAGGCUGCCAGGAAGUGACCAGCCUGUCUCACACGCGGAUUCUCGAGUCGGUGGCGAAGACAGAGAAGCAUGGCUUUUACAGACCCCACAGGCUCAAGUCACAAGUUUUUAAAGGAUGCAUCGCUACUGUAUCAAGACAUUUGUCCGGAGCAGUCACGUUUUCUCAUGGGGAGACACCAGAGAAUGAAAGCUCCAGCCAAGUCCCAUCCCGUCCCUGAAGAAGAGCUCUGUCCCUUCUGUUUCCAGUGGCGUCGCCCAGACAACCACCGCACGCGGCUGCGUCCCAAGCGGUGCGCAUCAGUGCGGGUGCAGAGCGUGUUGCGGAGGGAGGCCAAGGGCAAGAGGCUCAGCCUGGCUCAGAUGGAUAUCUUACGGAGGUUCAGGGGCUCCUCAUCAGCUAUGGUGACUACAUGCCACACCUGUAACAACACGUCCAAGCAUAACGGCGUCAACAGGAACUUCAUGGCCACUCUCUCCAAGAGCCACUGCACCCCCUGGAGCGCAGGCAAACACAAGACUCCCCAGUCCACCAACAGAACCAACGCCAUGGGCAUCCCAAAGUCUGCCUCCAAAGACAAGACGCCCUGGAGUACGCCAAGGUCAACCUCUGAGACCACCGGUUCCUCCUCGGCCUCAAAGUCUGCAAGUGUGAAGAAGUCGGCCUUCUCCCGCCUCAAGAGGUUCCUAAUGCUGGAGGACAACCAGAAGACCAAGACCAAGGGAGGACUCAAAGACUUCCUCUCCUCCCUCUGAAUGACUGACAAACACUAGGCUCCGUUGCAUGGGCCCAACAGUCAGCCAUGACACCACCAUGAUAUGAAACUGAACCAGUCUCUCUCUGGCCUGCUUAGAAUUCAGAAUGGUCCUGCUGGAAUUCAGAACAACAAGGCGGAGGAGUCGGCUGUCUGUCAAUAAGCGCUACAGCGCCACCUGUUGAGAGAAUUUAAAGGGGCAUGUUGUUUUCUUCUUCACAUGCCACCCCCCCAACUGCCCCUGAGUUCCCCCUUCCGUAGAGCUGUCCAAACUGGGAAUGGUCCCACACCACCACAUCACUCAGGAAUUCCACUGUCCCAAUUGGAUGGUGGGAACGGCAUCGGAAGCAAAGCUCACCCCUCUCUUCCAUGGCAUUUAUGAUGGGGCAAGCAAAAUAAAUAGUUUGGAGUUCUAGGAUGUUUUGAUUGAGAGGGUGAUUUUUAUUUGUUACAAUCACAUUUCUGAUGAAUCUAACUUUGUUAAUACUUGAGUUUCAUACUUCUUUAUUACUUGGUGGUUCUCUGUUUGAAUUUUUUUCUGGGUUUAUUUUUGGUGAACUCCACAGGGUGUGUCUUCUUGAAACUCUCCCUCUUGUUAGAUCACCAGCCAGGUAGAGCUGAUCAUUUGUUACUAUCUUAUGAUCACCGUGCCAAACAUGUUUGUUUACUGAUGGUUUUGAGAAUCAUAUUUGGAUGAAUCGGACACAUCAACUGUUUAUAAUGAAAUGGGCGACAGGCCUGAAAAAUUUGUGACGCGAUUUAAUGACAAACCAAUUUUCUUUAACAAUAGUUCUGGUUCUUGUUGUUGAUGGUUUUCACUUUUUACCUGUUAGUAAGUUCUUCAGUUAGUUUAUAUUCACAAUUACUAUUAGACUGCACGUUGUAAUGGCUGCUUUGAUCCAACACAUUUUAUAAUGAAUUUCGUAACAAAGAUUUUCUUUGGUUGUAAUUAA